AUGGCCAGGAAAAAGUCUGCAGCCAAAAGAGCUAGAGAGGACAACCCAGAACAACCGGGGCCUGAGACGGUUGCAAAGGAAAAAGAGGUGGACUCAAAAGAAAAGUCCGAGCCAGUUGAGCCAGUUGAGAGCGAGAUCGCAGACGAAGAUGUGGAGGACGAGGAUGAGAGCUCUGAGGAAGAAGACCAGUACGGUGAUCUUUUGACUGAGGACGUUGAAGAAGGAUUUCAGAAAGUGCUGCAAGCAAUCAAAACCGGAGACAAGGCUUUGUUCGAUAAGAAUGUGAGGUUUUUCAAAGAUCCAGAGGAAGGAGAGGUUCCCGUUACCAAAAAAGAGAAGCCUAUGUAUUUGAAGGAUUACCACAGAAAAGUUCUUUUAGAUGGCCACGCUUUUGAAGACGAUGACGGUGAAGAACGCGAGUGGAAGGAGGGCGAGAAGCCGUAUGCAGUCCAACAGCAGGAAGACAAGAGCAAGCUGCUUUCCGAGAUCCAGUCUGCGUUCAGUGACGAGGAGGGCGACGACUUUUUGCAGAAAAAAGAGGUGCAGCGAGAGAUCAAGCCUGUGAAGUCACUUCCAGACCCACAACAGGACGGAGAGAAGUUUUUGGAGGCAUUUUUGGAGAAAGAAGCAUGGAUUCCCGAGCAGGAGGAUUCGAGACCAGAGAUGGAAGAGGACGACGAGGAGUUUGACGAGGCGGCUGAGAAGUUCGAAAAUGCCUACAAUUUCCGUUUUGAGGACCCGAACGCCGCCGAAAUCAUCUCGUAUGCCAGAUCGCAGGCCACUAUGAGAAGAGAGAAGAUGAACAGCAGAAAGAAGCAGAGGUUAAAGAAAAAAGAGGAGCAGCUGAGGGAGGAGGAAGAGAAGCAGGAGCUUUUGCGCAAGAAAAAACAGAAGAAAGCUACUCAAGUUCUGGACCGUUUGAAGGAAAUCAAGGAGGCAGUUGGCGAUCAGGUUUCUGAGGAAACAAUAGCACGCGUAUUUGGCGAUAGUUUGUUGAACGAUGACUUUGACGAUGCUGAAUGGGACAGCAAAAUGGCGGAGAUUUUCAACGAGGCUUUCUAUGAAGAAGAGGGCAAGCCAGAGAAGCCUGAAGUGGAGUUGAGCGACGAGGAGGAGGAAAAUGAAACAGAAGGAGAGAUGGAGGAAAUUGAACAAGGGGGAGAGGUGGAAAAAGAAGAAGAAGAGGAGACGAAGGAGAACAAAUCCAAAAAGUCGAAGAAGAAGGAAGAAAAAAUUGGCAAAAAGAAGGAAAGGCAGAAAUUGAAGGAAGUGGCCGAGAAGCUAGUCAGUGCCAACACCCCCAAACUUCUGGAGGAAGUUGAAGAAGAACGUGGCAGGAGCAAAGAUAAAGAGGAAAUCAAGUUCAGGUACCGUGAAGUUUCUCCGGAGUCGUUUGGCCUCACGACCAGAGAGAUUCUCGUUGCAGAUGAUAAGGAUUUGAAUGAGCUUAUAGGACUCAAGAAGUUUGCUCCGUACAGACCGAAGGAGCUAAAGCUAAAGGACAAGAGGAAAUACGCCAAAAAGAAGAGGCUACGUGAAUGGCGGAUGAAAGUCUUCAAGAGCGCCGACGGACUGGCCGACGACGAGCCUGCUACCAAAAAACAUAAAGUGAAUAGAUCGGAUAAUUAA